AAUUAGAAUUCUAUGCACUCUUGGGUCAUCAUAACAUCACUCAUAAAGGCACCAAAGACACUCUGCUCUCUCAAACUCUUGAUCACUCCAAAAACAAAACUACAGAACCAAAGCAGAAACCACUUCAACUCGGUUUAUUAUUCCAAACCCCACAUGUCUUUUUCCUUCUACACGUGAUCCCGAAGCCAAUACCGGUCUCAAAUAAAUCCCUCCUCAAACCCCCAACUCCUCAAACCACGAAAAACCUCAACCAUGUUUGCUUCCCCAGCACUGCCAAUAAUCCUGGUGGCCAUGCUACACCUGACUCUAAGUAACAUCGCCGCCACCUCAUACCCUGACUUUCAACUCUUGAACGCGAAACAAACUCUCAUUGAGACAAAAAGGCUGAGGCCUCUCGAAACAUCUGAAUAUCACAAACUUCCCAACGUUAGUGAAAGUGAUCAAGGGAACUGGAAGCUGAAACUUGUCCAUAGGGACAGGUUAUCUUCAAACAAUACGAACGCUGUCCACGACCAUAGCCGCCGUUUUCAUGCACGCAUGCAAAGGGACGUGAAAAGGGUGGCAAGUCUCCUUCUCCGCUUCUCUGGAGGCGGAAGCCACGACGGUGAGGCUGUUUAUGAAUUGAACGAUUUUGGUUCAGAUGUCGUUUCAGGAAUGGACCAAGGAAGUGGAGAGUACUUUGUGAGAAUAGGGGUUGGCAGCCCUCCAAGAAAUCAAUAUAUGGUUAUUGAUUCAGGCAGUGAUAUUGUUUGGGUCCAGUGUCAGCCUUGUGACGAAUGUUAUAGACAAUCCGACCCGGUUUUUGAUCCGGCUGAUUCUGCUACUUACGCUGGCGUCUCUUGUAGCUCUUCUGUUUGUUACCGGAUAGAGAAUCCGGGUUGCCAUGCGGGUCGGUGUCGUUAUGAAGUCAUGUAUGGUGAUGGGUCUUAUACAAAAGGGACGCUUGCGUUCGAAACACUUACUUUUGGUCGAACCGUGGUUAAAAAUGUGGCUAUUGGAUGUGGGCAUAUUAACCGGGGCAUGUUCAUUGGGGCAGCCGGGUUGCUGGGCCUUGGAGGUGGAUCCAUGUCACUUGUGGGUCAACUCGGUGGUCAAACUGGGGGUGCAUUUAGUUACUGUUUAGUGAGUCGGGGCACUGAUGCAUCCGGGUCAUUGGUAUUUGGGCGCGGAGCAAUGCCCGUGGGUGCUGCAUGGAUCCCUUUGCUACGUAACCCACAGGCCCCGAGUUUUUACUAUGUUGGGCUUUCGGGUCUUGGAGUAGGGGGCAUUCGGGUGCCCGUAUCCGAAGACAUUUUUCAGCUUACUGAAUUGGGGAAUGGAGGAGUGGUUAUGGACACUGGCACCGCCGUGACAAGGUUCCCAACCUUGGCUUAUAAUGCCUUGCGCGACGCCUUUAUUGCACAAACGGCUAACCUCCCCCGGGCCUCCGGAGUAUCCAUAUUUGAUACUUGUUAUAACUUAUCGGAAUUUGUCUCAGUUCGGGUUCCAACGAUGUCAUUUUAUUUUUCUGGCGGGCCAAUCCUGACCCUACCCGCAAGUAACUUUCUUAUUCCUGUUGAUGAUGUGGGAACAUUUUGUUUUGCAUUUGCUGCCUCGGCUUCAGGACUUUCAAUAAUAGGGAACAUCCAGCAAGAGGGGAUCCAAAUUUCCUUUGAUGGAGCCAAUGGGUUCGUGGGGUUUGGCCCCAAUGUUUGCUAAGCUGAUGAUGUAAAGAAAUAGUGACUUUUGUUAGGAGUUAAGUUGAUUGAAAUUGAAAUCAAUUUUAAAAUUGAAAGUUUGGAAUUCGAACUUUAA